AUGAUUAAAAGCAAUAAAUAUCGCAAGCACCUUGAGGAACACUUCUAUGGGACGAAGAAUCCAUCUCCCCUAAAUGAGAACAAGGAGCAGGAACAGCGUUCCCAUAAUAUAAAAUGGCGAUCACGUAGGGAAGAGAUUCAUCCUCCAGAAAAUAUUCCUCAGAUUCCCAAUCAAACGUAUAGAAAGACUAAGUAUCCGGAAAGGCAGGAUAACCAUCACGAACAUAAAAAAUGUCCGUGUGAAAAUCACCAGUGCUCUUAUAACCAUGGGCAGCACCUUCAUCGUGCGCAGGAUGCAUUACCUACAAAGUGUUUUCGUGGUGAUUAUCAACAGACCCAGCAGCACCAGAAUAAUUAUCAGCAGCGGAAUCCAAAAAAAGAGGAGAAGAAACCCAGUCCCAUAUACCCAAACAGACCACAUUAUAGCCAAGCCCCUUUCAGUCAUAACACCAGAAAACAGGAGAAAGGCGGAGGAGAUUGUCUUCUCUACAAGAACUUGACCUAUGGAGCCCCUCCAUCUAGUAAAAGCGAGCAUGGUGGCGGUGACGGUGGUGUUAAGAAGCAAUCAGUCCGAUGUGAUCAGCAACAUCAGAAGAAAAAAUCGCAUAACUACCUUGAAGAGGCCAAAUCCCAUUGCAAGGCUGUUGGGGAUCGAUUUCAGCGGAAGUUUGCCCCUUUUAGCGAAGGAUCCACCUCCAAAGACUCCAAAUCAAAACCCUGUGAAACAGUGAUUAGUGCAAAGAGUGGCGACGAUCUCAGAGCAACAGUUCGAUCGCAAAUAGAGCUGCAACAGGCUUUGAAUGAAUUCAAACUCGAAGUAAAGGAUAAAAAGGAGGAGGCAUUGUCUAAUGUAAAGUCCAAUGUAAAAGCGAGAAAGAGCCGAACCCAAAAGUCUGAUCCUCCAGCUGAGAAAGUCGUGGCAAUUGCCGUGGAACCCCCGCCAGAUAUCGUACUUUUGGAUGAUCCCCAACUGGAAGACUUUAGUGUCAGUGCCAAUGAUAUAGUUAACACAAAAGUUAUUGAGCCAAUGAUAAGGAGCAUUCAACGAAGGUAUCUAAGCACUCUUAAGGAGGAAAUGCAACUCAUUGAGGAUCUGGGAAAGGUCCCGAAACUGAUUAGGGGCGUUUAUAAACGAGAGUCUGCUGAGAUGAAGCAAACAAAGAAUUAG